AACUGGCUGGGUGCUCGAAGGGGGAGCUGCUGCAGCCUCCGCGGCGGCGGCGGCAACGGAGGCUGCGGGGGUGGCGGCGCGAGCGGCCGGGCUUCGGGGAGAAGCCGAGCCCGGCCCGGGAGUCCGAGCAGCGAGAGUGCAGGGUACCUAGAUCCCUCGCGCUGGACUCCAAAGUCUCCAGGCCGCCUGACCUCCGCACGGGUAUAUGGGAUGGAAGCGGGACCCUCGGGAGCAGCUGCGGGCGCCUACCUGCCCCCCCUGCAGCAGGUGUUCCAGGCACCUCGCCGUCCUGGCAUUGGCACUGUGGGGAAACCAAUCAAGCUCCUGGCCAAUUACUUUGAGGUGGAUAUCCCUAAGAUCGACGUCUACCACUACGAAGUGGACAUCAAGCCUGAUAAGUGUCCCCGCAGAGUCAACCGGGAAGUGGUGGAAUACAUGGUCCAGCAUUUCAAGCCUCAGAUCUUUGGUGAUCGCAAGCCUGUGUAUGAUGGAAAGAAGAACAUUUACACCGUCACAGCACUGCCCAUUGGCAAUGAACGGGUGGACUUUGAGGUGACAAUCCCUGGGGAAGGGAAGGAUCGAAUCUUUAAGGUCUCCAUCAAGUGGCUAGCCAUUGUGAGCUGGCGCAUGCUGCAUGAGGCCCUGGUCAGCGGUCAGAUCCCUGUUCCUCUGGAGUCUGUGCAAGCCCUGGAUGUAGCCAUGAGGCACCUGGCAUCCAUGAGGUACACCCCUGUGGGCCGCUCCUUCUUCUCACCGCCUGAGGGCUACUACCACCCGCUGGGGGGUGGGCGCGAGGUCUGGUUCGGCUUUCACCAGUCUGUGCGCCCUGCCAUGUGGAAGAUGAUGCUCAACAUUGAUGUCUCAGCCACUGCCUUCUACAAAGCACAGCCGGUGAUUGAGUUCAUGUGUGAGGUGUUGGACAUCAGGAACAUAGAUGAGCAGCCCAAGCCUCUCACCGACUCGCAGCGUGUUCGUUUCACCAAGGAGAUAAAGGGCCUGAAGGUGGAAGUGACCCACUGUGGACAGAUGAAGAGGAAAUACCGUGUGUGCAAUGUUACCCGCCGCCCUGCUAGCCAUCAGACGUUUCCCUUGCAGCUGGAGAGUGGACAGACUGUGGAGUGCACAGUGGCGCAGUAUUUCAAGCAGAAAUACAACCUUCAGCUCAAGUAUCCCCACCUGCCUUGCCUGCAAGUUGGCCAGGAACAAAAGCAUACCUACCUGCCCCUAGAGGUCUGUAACAUUGUGGCUGGGCAGCGAUGCAUCAAGAAACUGACUGACAACCAGACUUCGACUAUGAUAAAGGCUACAGCGAGGUCGGCGCCAGACAGACAGGAGGAGAUCAGUCGCCUGAUGAAGAAUGCCAGCUACAACUUAGAUCCUUACAUCCAGGAAUUUGGGAUCAAAGUGAAGGAUGACAUGACGGAGGUGACAGGGCGAGUGCUGCCGGCGCCUAUCUUGCAGUACGGCGGCCGGAACCGAGCCAUUGCCACACCCAAUCAGGGUGUCUGGGACAUGCGGGGCAAACAGUUCUACAAUGGGAUUGAGAUCAAAGUCUGGGCCAUCGCCUGCUUCGCACCCCAGAAACAGUGUCGAGAAGAGGUGCUCAAGAACUUCACGGACCAGCUGCGGAAGAUUUCCAAAGAUGCAGGGAUGCCCAUCCAAGGCCAGCCUUGCUUCUGCAAAUAUGCGCAGGGGGCAGACAGUGUGGAGCCCAUGUUCCGGCAUCUCAAGAACACCUACUCAGGGCUGCAGCUCAUUAUUGUUAUCCUGCCAGGGAAGACGCCAGUGUAUGCUGAGGUGAAGCGUGUUGGAGAUACACUCUUGGGAAUGGCUACACAGUGUGUGCAAGUGAAGAAUGUGGUUAAGACCUCGCCUCAGACCCUGUCCAACCUCUGCCUCAAGAUCAAUGUCAAACUUGGUGGCAUAAACAACAUCCUAGUCCCACACCAGCGCUCUGCCGUCUUUCAGCAGCCAGUGAUAUUCCUGGGAGCAGAUGUUACACAUCCCCCUGCAGGGGAUGGGAAAAAACCCUCUAUCACAGCAGUGGUAGGGAGCAUGGAUGCGCACCCCAGCCGUUACUGUGCUACUGUGCGGGUGCAGAGACCACGGCAGGAGAUCAUUGAAGACUUGUCCUAUAUGGUGCGUGAGCUGCUCAUCCAGUUCUACAAGUCAACCCGCUUCAAGCCUACCCGCAUCAUCUUCUACAGAGAUGGGGUCCCUGAAGGCCAGCUUCCCCAGAUCCUCCACUAUGAGCUCUUGGCCAUCCGUGAUGCCUGCAUCAAACUGGAAAAGGACUACCAGCCUGGGAUCACUUACAUUGUGGUGCAGAAACGCCAUCACACACGCCUUUUUUGUGCUGACAAGAAUGAGCGAAUUGGGAAGAGUGGUAACAUCCCUGCUGGGACUACUGUGGACACCAACAUCACCCACCCAUUUGAAUUUGACUUCUACCUUUGUAGCCAUGCAGGCAUCCAGGGUACCAGCCGACCAUCCCAUUAUUAUGUCCUUUGGGAUGACAACCGUUUCACAGCAGAUGAGCUCCAGAUCUUGACAUACCAGCUGUGCCACACUUAUGUACGAUGCACACGCUCUGUUUCUAUCCCAGCACCUGCCUACUAUGCCCGCUUGGUGGCUUUCCGGGCACGAUACCACCUGGUGGACAAGGAGCAUGACAGUGGAGAGGGGAGCCACAUAUCGGGGCAGAGCAAUGGACGGGACCCCCAGGCCCUGGCCAAAGCCGUUCAAGUUCACCAGGAUACUUUGCGCACCAUGUACUUUGCUUGAAGGCAGAACGCUGUUACCUCACUGGAUAGAAGAAAGCUUUCCAAGCCCUAGGAGCUGUGCCACCCGAUCAGAGAAAGCAGGGAGGAGGAGGGAAGUGGGGUAGGGAGGAUCGUAAGAGGCUUUGCUUCCUUCUACAGAGGGUGUGAAAGGGUGGGGAACCGGGUUGGCAAGCCAGACCACCAGCCAGAAAUCUCUGAGAUCCACCUCAUGCCCCCUACCCUUCACCCCAUCUUGUCACAUCUGGCCCUGACCCCACUGGACCAAGAGGGGUAGCACCGGUGCCCACCAUACACACAGGUGUCUCAUGUGACUCACAGUGCUAUAUAUAGACUCAUGCCUGACAGCUUGGUAAGGUCGGCUCUUCACCUUGCGGUCAAAAGCUGGUAGGUUUGGGUUUGAUACUUUAGACGGGAAAGUGAGGGGCUUGGGAAAGUGGGUGGGAGGAGGGAAGGAUUAUUUAGGAGCCUUAAUCAGAAAAGGUCUAGAUUUGUUUAAGAAGAAAAAUGAAAGCAGACCCAGAUCAAUAUUUUAGGAUACUAGAUGUUUUAAUGGGUUUGGAAACCAGUUUGUAGGAAGAUUUUUAAUGCUAAUGGUUUUGGUUGCUCCUCCCCCAGCUGCCAUCCCCUUUGCCUUUAUUCUUAUCUUUCGGCCCUUUCUACCCCACCUUACACCUCCUCCCUGACAGACAUCCAGCCCUUAGUAAGACUUAAGGCACUAUGGCACUUAGCUCUGAAGUGACACGACCCUGUCUUCCUUCCGCCUGCUGGUGGGUAACCAGUGCCUUCCCUGUAACGGUAAUGCUGCAGAACUGCAACCUUUUGUACCUUUCUUUUGGGGGAUUGGGUAGGGUGGGACAGGAGGAGGUAUAUGGGGAAGAAAUACCCUAACUCAAACCUCCUGCCAGAAUGCCAGCUAUUUUGCAUUUGAAGGACUUGACUUCCACAUUCAUUAAGCUUUUAAAAAGAUCACAACCUCAAGAUGGUUAAAAUCCAUUGACAUUUGCACUUUCAGACAUAAGAAGUUUCAGAGCUGCUGAGAUGACUGGCCCCUGGCCUUUCCAUUUAUGUCUCCUUCUCUCCCUGUCCCUCCACUUCCCACUUGGGCCGGGUCUGCCGUUAGUGUCAUAGCAUAUCUCACUUUUGGCUUCUUUUUUUCUCUGAUGGUCAAGUCUCUUAUGUUUCACAAUUUCUUAACUCUGGGGUAUCUUAUAACAAAAGAUCCUUAGGUUUAAGAUUAAAAAAAGAGAAAACUAAAUGUUAUUUUUAUACCAUAACUUGAGUCUAUUGCCAAAAUCUGGAAUUCCCUCCCAUACCCACUGAGUUUACAUCCUCGAAACAUUGAGCCAUCAGAA